CAAAACGCUCCGCACAUCCCUCUCGUUCGGAUACGUGAGAGCGUCCACGUUAACGGAUCCAUCUAUGAAUGGAGCGGGAUUCACCAUCGCAGAAAAAAAAGAGAUAAAAUCAGGGGAAACCAACUAUUUGAUUUACAUCCAUUAAGAAAACUCGUUUCGGAGUGACAGACGAGGAUUCGAGAGAAUUUUCAUCAAGGUGAUCGGAUGAUAAAAGAAUGAGAGAAAAGGCAGGAAAAGAAAGGCAUGACCCCGCCCAAACAGGUCUCGGAUCCCAGAACCUUGGCGAACACUCAAAUGCGUCCGUUAAUGAGCGACCACAAGCGGAAAAAUACGAUUUUUAAAUCAUUAGUGAACGUGAAGGAACUAUUGCAAUGCUGUUCGAUGUGUGUGCGUGCGUUUGUGGCCAAUUACAAGUCGGAAAACCUGUUUCGAUGUUGUUCUCGAAAAUUCUGCAAUGCAAUGUCGACCAUUUGCAAUUUCCUAAUGUUGAAAGUAACGAGACAAAACCAUAAAAAAGUACAGAAACGAUAAAAAUAGUACUCGUAGUAUGACCGCGAGGAACUAGUAUUCAGGCUGGACCGGUUUCGUUUAUUCCCCACCCCCGCCCUUCGCAUUCUCACGGAGCGAUUCGAUUCGGAUCGGCGUGUUCGUGAGAGGUCAUAGAUGAGCUGCAAAAUGGGCAGCGUAACGGCGUUGCGUCACUUCCUCCCCCCGUAUCGAUGGGAAAGCCCUCGCAAUGGGAAUCCGACCGAGGACUUCCAUCGAAAAUAAACCAGGACACUGGACCGUCUUCAGAUAAACCCGCUCUUUCUUUCGAGAUUGGGGGGAAGCGAGGCGGCAACCCUGCUCAAGCGAGUGUGACUCGACGCGGCGGGAAGAAGGGUGCAGCCUUUCGACGAGAAACGAAAGGAGCAUCCAGUCGCAGCGCGCGAGCAUUCAGUCGCAGCGCGGGAGCAUCCAGCAUCAGCGCGAGCAUCCAGUAGCAGCGCGGGAGCAUCCAGCAUCAACGCGCGAGCAUCCAGUAGCAGCGCGGGAGCUUCUAGCAUCAGCGCGCCGACGGGAUCGCGACGAUGGCGAGCCUCGUUCCCUUCCUGGUCCUCGGCUCUGCUUUUCUGGUUUCCGGAAACGCGCCGUUCGCCCCGGGGAACAUCAUCGAAGACGCUUUCUUCUGGGCCGAGCGGGGUUCAGAGGCGCUGACGGAGGCGUUGCGCCGGAGCCAGCUGCCCCGGGAACACCGGGCCAAGAACGUCAUCUUCUUCGUCGGGGACGGCAUGGGGAGCUCGGUGCUCACGGCCGCGAGGAUCUACAGGGGGCAGAUGGCCGGGAAGACCGGGGAAGAGGGCAGUCUGGCCUUCGAGUCCUUUCCCUACCUCUCGCUCGUCAAGACCUACAGCGUGGACCACCAAGUCCCCGACUCCGCGAGCACCGCCACGGCCAUGUUCACCGGCGUGAAGACCCGCAGCUCCUUCCUCGGCCUGGACGCGACGGCGGACGCGGACGACUGCACCUCGAGGAGCCGCGUCCCCUCCCUGCUGCAGUGGGCCCAGGACGAAGGCAAAUACACCGGCCUCGUGACCACGACGCGGGUGACCCACGCGACCCCGGCGGCCCUCUACGCCCACGUCCCCAACCGCAACUGGGAGUGCGACACCAAGAUCCCCAGGGAGGUCCACGACUCGGUCGCCGGCGGGGAGUGCAAGGACAUCGCCCGGCAGCUCGUCGAGGAAAGGCCCGGCCAGAACCUCAGGGUCAUAAUGGGCGGCGGAAGGCAGCAGUUCCUCGACUUCGUCCCCGAAGACCAACGCGUUCGUGCCUGCUACAGGGAAGACCGACGGAAUCUCAUCGCGACCUGGGCGAACCACAAGGUGUCCCUCAACGCCUCUUUCAUGUACCUCGAGACGACGGAGGACCUCGAGAGGCUCGACCCAGCACGAACCGACUACGUCAUGGGGCUGUUCGACAUGAAUCACAUGAGCUACGAGGUGGAUCGAAACAAGACGGCCCAAGGGCAACCCCACCUGGCGACGAUGACCCAAAAAGCCAUCGAGAUGCUUCAAAGGGGACCAAAGGGAUACUUCCUGAUGGUCGAGGGCGGGAGAAUCGACCACGGCCUCCACGACAACAAAGCUCAUAGGGCCAUACAGGAGACUCUGGCGUUCGAAGAAGCAGUCCGGAUCGCGAUGGAGCUCACUUCCCCGAAAGACACUCUGAUCGUCGUCACCGCGGAUCACGACCACGUCAUGACCAUCAACGGAUAUCCCAAGCGAGGCAACGACAUCCUGGGUGAACGUCUCUUCCAUCGAAGAUUCGGUGUGGCGAGCAACGGCGAAGUCGACGGCCUUCCGUACACCACUCUCAUGUUCACGACCGGCGGGAGCUACGACUACAAAUGCACCAAGAUCCUCGACUACGGCGGAAACAUCUUGGGAGUCCUCCCCCUGAGGAAGAACAUCUCGGACACCGACACCAGGGAUACCGAAUACCGACAGCUCUCCGGGGUCUGGAACCGGUACGGCGGAGAGACGCACGGCGGACAGGACGUGCCACUAUACGCCCAAGGUCCGGGCGCACACCUCUUCACAGGCCUCCAAGAGCAGAGUUACAUCGCUCACGCCAUCAGCUACAGCGCGUGCAUGGGCCCGCACAAGAAGGACUGCUUGGCGGGCCAAAACCCCAAGCACCCUGCCAAGCCGUUCACCUCAGGUACUUCGCCAUUCCAUGAGGCCCAGCAUGCUCCACAUCUCCUAUCCCUUUCCAUCGUGUCUCUCGUGACUUUUUACGGCCUAUGAUCCUGAGAAAGUAUCGGAGACCUAUCCUAGUCAGUGCCUGAAUCAGUCAAAUCUCAUGGCUGGUGCUAAAACCGGUGAUACUCUCCUACAGAACCUCGUGUAUUCACUUCGUAGGUGCUAUCGAUAAGGUCGCUGUGGUGGGCAUAUAACAGAAUCAGCUGCAUUGUGAUAUAUCGUACUACAUAGGCAGCAAAGAGCUCAUGUGUGAUGUCGAGGAAAUGUCUCAUGCUAUAUUCAAAGCUUCUUACACUGAA